AGAAUCAGCAGAUGGUGGAAGACGUGAAGGCUGCUCCUUAGUGUUGAGCUACAGACGAGGAGCCCAUUGGCUUCAUGGAAAUGUGGUGAGGGGGGAGCGGGGCUUCCUGCGCUAUAAAAGCGGAAUGUGCGCGCGUGGAGAGGACGGUACCUUCAGUCAGUCGACCGGUGAGCAUCACAGAAAUCCACACGCAGACACGCACAGCGAAGCCAUGAGUGAGAGACAAGCAUCUGGCCCAAUGACCGGAAACAGCAAAGCAUCUGUCCAAGGGCUUCAAGGUCAACAAAAGGUACCAUCUAAGCAAGAAAAGAAGAACAACCUCCCCCCGGAUUUCGACAUCGACAUGGACGCCCCGGAGACGGCGAAGGCUGCUGUGACCAUCCAGUCACAGUUCAGGAAAUUCCAGAAAAAGAAGCAGGAUGUGAAGUCGUAGAGUGGCAUCUCUUGGCCUCGUCUUCAGCUGACGUGGGCCCGGUCAUGCAUGUCAAUUAAACUGCAUCAUUAUGAACUGGAAAGGGAGGGUGAGGGCGAGAUUCCUGAAGGUGGAGGUAGAAGGGUGCGGUUAAAUUGUACCUUUGUGAAAGUCUGUGCAUAAUGAAUAACUUUACUAUAUACAAAAUGUUGCAUUAUUACUUUCUUGGUGUAUGUAUUUAGAUAAUAAUAUAAUUUUGCUAUUUCUUUUUUACUUCAGUGACACUUUACAGUGUGGUUUCACACUCACUGCACACCCACAUAAACAGGAAGCUGGCAGGUCUUCUCAUGUAAUGUUAAACAGCGAUCUUUGAUUGAUGCUAUAAUCUGGGUCACAGUACCAGCAGAAGAGUUGGGCUCCACUGGAGGCCUGUUACUGGCUUCUUCCUGUGGCUGAGCAGAGUGAUUCCAUACUGUUACCAGUGUCUUUAAAAUCCAAUCAGUUUAGUGUCUCUAAAUGUGUUCACAUGUCAGAGAUCUCCUCUCCGACACACUUUCCCCCCGAUGACUCUCUCAGUUGUAUCUUUGUUGAGACUGCAGAUGUUGUGAUUGUGGUUCUUUGUUGUGGUUCCAGUGUGAUUCUUCAUUGUUAGAUUGGCUCACGUGUAUUGUACAAGCACACACAUGCAUGCAUGAAAGCUCACACAUACAUGCACACAUGCAUACCCACUUCUACAGAGAAAUAAAUAAAGACAACGGAAAGGAGUGAUUUUUUUUUUUGAGUAUUUGUUUCCUUGCUACAGAAUUCGUGCACCGCAUGCAGCAGGUCACAUGCUUCAACAUCUGUGAUUUAAGAAGAAAGUUGAAAAAGCUGACAGUGAAGCAUUCAUGUGCAAAGCUGCAAGAUUAUACGAAAACUUUAGUGAUGAUUGUGAAAGUGGUUAUAUGCACACACAAUGUACUUUGUGUGCUGCGGUUAAAAGUCUAUUUUCAUUGAUCACAGUGCUAUACAAAUAUUGCACUAGUUAAUUUUUUGCUAGUAUAUACAAGCUGGGAUCAAAAGGUUCUAAUGAUUGACCUUGAAAAGAGGUUUUAAGUGAUUCAUGAACGUCGUUGAUUUCUCAUUCAACAUCCUUUUGUCCUUGUGGACCUGUGCCCUUAACUUGAUUUACAUUUUUGGUAAUGUGGACAAAAGAGUUGUACUAACCAAACUGUUGAAUAUUUUGAAUUUAAAUAUUUUUUAAAGCAGCUUAAAAGUACAACUUUCUCAAACACAGAUUUCUCCAUCAUUCUAGUAGCAGAUGUUUGGCUUCUAGAAAACAAAAUCAUGAAUUAAUUAAAACUGGAAAAACAAAACAGGAGAUCCAAUUAAAUUUUUAUUUUCGAUUGUCACAAACAGUGUCCAGGAGCAUAAAAUCUAAGCAAUGUAGACCCGCAUCAGAAAUGAGCUCCUGGUGCUUGUUGACAUGACAGGAUUCAGUAUGUGACUGGACUGUCUCCACUUGGCUCUAAAAACACCUUCACAGCAUGGCAGACCACAAAUGCUGAGCCACGUUUUCCUAUUUUUGCCCUGCAGUGCUACUCAUUACUAAUUUGUUACCAUGGAAACACUGUGUUAUAAUGCAGGCAGACUUUUUAAGUGUAAGUUACGUGGGGUUUUGUGUCGUUUCAGAGCAACAAUAUCACACGGCGUUAAACACAGUGCUGCAGGUGAAUCUCUGCUCUUCUGCCAUCUCAUCAAAAAGCACAGCUGCUGACCACAGUGUUCAGUAACAGAACCUCAGUGGAGUGGAAGACGUGAAAUUCUAAUUUAAACCUGUUUCCUAGUAGAUAUAUUGGGUAUUAUUUCACAUUAAAAUCAUUCGUAAUGGAAGCUGAGAAUUUUAUCAGGAAGUAAUGACAUGUUUGUUAUGCUGUGUAUUAUGUUCUUUUCAGAAAAUGUCCAGGCAUCCUACUGCACUGUAUGAUCUGUAAAAUUCAUUUGAAACAUUUGCCACAUUCCCACAAGUAAACUCAAGCUAUAAUGACAAACUAAAGUGAAGUUUUCUUUCU